AUGGCUAUGUACUGGAAGAUAUGUAUGGCACUUACAUUGGCUUUAUUUGUACAAGUAUUUGCACAAUAUCAGAGAAGAAAAGUUGGAGGCUGGAAUGAUGUUAAUGAGGAUAAUCAGGGUGUCCAGACUGCUCUGAAUUUUGCACGGGAAGAAUUUAACAAAAUCAGCAACAAUGGAUACAUCGUCAAAAUCAUCAGGACUAUAAAACUCAAAAGACAGGUGGUUUCUGGCACAAAAUAUAGGAUGGAAGUUGAAGUUACUAUGAGCUCCGGUAACAAUUAUGAAACAGAAUCAUACCCAGAUGAGGCACAUCAAACAAAGAUAUGCAGAUUUGAAGUUCUGUCUAUCCCCUGGCAAAAUCAUAUUGAGCUUUUGAACCAUUCAUGCAAAUAG